AUGACGGUUUUCUACCUUCUCUUCAUAUUUGGCAUAAACAACCCCAUCCAACAUGUGAAUGUAACAAAGGUGUCUGGCGAGAAUAUAGUUCCUGAGUCUGAUCACCACAAGUACUCAGAUCAGGGACCCUGUACGGCGUUUACAGCUCUGCUUCAGUUCUUCCUGUUGGCUACGUUCACUUGGAACACUCUGUACGGCAUUAAUGUGUUCCUGCUCUUCAAAAACUCAGUGUCUGGAACACCUUCAUGGUUUCCACAGGUCGCCAUGGCUGUUGGAUGGGGUUUGCCUGCUCUUAUUGUUGGUAUCUCAUUGGGUUCCACCUACCGUGUGGAGGAGCCUUUAGGUUAUCGACAAGAAGAGUUCUGCUGGCUGGCUUCACUGGACCACAAACAAAAGUUCAGUAUAAAGAAACCCAUGCUUUGGGGAUUCGUGCUCCCUUUACUGCUCAUGCUGAUCUCAAGCACAGCAGUACUGCUGCACUUCUCUUACAACAUCUGCAGGACCAACCCUAACUUAAACAGAUCACGUAAAACUUCUCUGAAGAAGAAGAUGUUGAGUAGCUUUUCUCUGGCAGUGAUGCUCGGCUUGUCUUGGGUCACGGGCUACAUUUUGCUGAUCACCCAAGAACAAACUCUCCAAUUGAUUCUCAGUGUGGUUUUCUGUCUCUUAAACACAACACAGGGUGUUCAGAUAUUCAUUUUAUUCGCUCUGAGGCCUUUUCUAAACUCAAAUCCAGCUAUUCUUAACUCUCUGCAUGCACCAGAAAUAGGCUUUCACAAUAAAGUAUUUUUUUUAUGGAAAAAUAAGAUACCAGAAAGCAACGAAAGCUACAAAACCACAGAUAUUGACUCUCCCUGA